AUGAACGUGUGGCUCCUUGUCUGCCUGGUAGCGGGUUUCAUGGGAUCCUGGGCCACUGCUGUCCACGCUCAAGGUGCCUUUGAGGACUGCUGUCUGGGUUACCACCGUAACGUCACCUGGCGUCAACUCCAGCAUGCCAGGCGUCACCUGCACCAGGAGGUGAGCGGAAGCUGCAAUCUACCUGCCGUGAUAUUCUAUUUCCCGAAGAACAGGAUACUGUGUGGGAACCCACGGGACAAGGAAGUGCAGAAGGCACUGAACCUAUUAUUCAGGAGACGGAUCAAGUCCAGCCACAACUCCUGGAAGGCCUUGCAAGCUUCUCUGGCUGGGAAGAAGAAAUUGCAUUCAGGAAAGUCCAAGUUUAAGGAUUCCAGCAGCAGCAGCAAGAGAAAUGCCUCCCUAAGUGAUUCCAGGAUUUUCAUGACGACCAAAGGGAUCAACAGUCAUAAAUUACUGAGAAUGGUGCAUGGGUUGGCGCACAUGGAAGUGUUCACCAACCUGGAAGCUCCCUGA